AUGGACACCGGCGAGCAACAGCUGAAAUCAAUGGGACUUCAGUUACCGCUCCGUCGUUCUUCCGAUUUAAUGACGUUAGGCGUCAUGUCAGCUGCAGGGGCCUUUCAGCAGUUGUCGCACUCCAGUCCGCCAAACCCGUGUAACGGCAAUGUCACCGCCAGUUCGAUCUGCUCAUCAGGAACGGGCAACCAGUCGGCCUCUAGUCCUUCGCUGUCCAAUUCAGCGAAUGGAGGCAACAGCAAGAAAGAUGACAGAGUAAAGCGACCAAUGAACGCCUUCAUGGUCUGGUCUCGAGGCCAGCGACGGAAAAUGGCGCAGGAGAAUCCAAAGAUGCACAAUUCGGAGAUUAGCAAGCGUCUUGGACUGGAAUGGAAAAAUCUUUCCGAAAGCGAGAAAAGGCCUUUUAUUGAUGAAGCCAAACGGCUACGUGCUGAUCAUAUGAAACAACACCCGGACUAUAAGUAUAGACCACGGCGAAAGCAGAAGACCCUUAUGAAAAAGGACAAGUUCAUGACUUCAGCAGGACUUUUACCUCCUGGCCUGGAUCCGAUGAAAGCUGCCGCUGGCCAGCAGUCUGUGUACCAAAUGGCUUAUCCGAUGAUGACGGCCAGUCCUCCUAACGGUGCUUAUAAUAUUGGCAACUUUGCCGCGAACGAUCCAUACCAGCAGCAGAUCGCAGCGUAUGCUCGCUACGAUCCAAUGACAAUGGCAAUGCAGCACAUGCAGGGUAUGCAGGCGACCCAGACGCCAACAUCACCCUACCUGAAUGGUUCUGCAGCUCCGUAUCACCCGGCCGCGGCGGGUUACGGUGGCAUGCCGUAUUCGGCUCAGAUCUCUGCGAAUCCUUAUGGCAGCUCCGGCCCGGUCCCCCUCCCUGUCAAGUCUGAAAGCUUAAGCCCGCAGCCAUCGUUGGGCGGCAUUGCGGCCUCCAGAAGAAAUGACAUCAGCGACUUCAUUAAUGUUUACCUGCAACCCAGUGCCGACAGCCAAAAGCUGCAGUACAUGCAGAACGUGAACGCUAUGAAUUCGGUGCCUCUGAAUCACAUAUAG